GUAAAUUUAAAUAGCCAUUGUUAUCUUGGGUUUUUUAUAGAUUUUUUUUUAGUUUAAUUAUUGUUCAAGAAAUUAAAACUCACAAUCAAUAUGAGAAUCAUUAUCCUUAAUUAUUACACGAAAACUGUUGUUAUUUAUGAAGACAAUAUCAACAAUUACAUUAUACAGAUCUUUAACAUGCUGUGAUAAUAAGCUGUAGAAUCACUCUCGCGUUAGAGAACUGGACUAAUACUAUUUUAACUAGCUGUGAUUCAAUUUUCGUUUUAUCUUUUCUGCAGAAUGACAGACAAAUUUACGUUUGUUGAGGCAUGCCUUCAAGUAAUAGCUGCAUUACAAUUGGGCUGCCUCCAGAAUCUUUACGUUACAAUGAUCUUCUUUAUUUUUUACUUGACCUUAUUCACAACGUAUUGGCCAAUUGUAUUACUUUCGAUUUUGUGGACAUGGUAUGACAGGGAAACUCCGUUUAAAGGAGGAAGGAGCUUAAGGCUAUUAAUAGCGUUACCAUUUUGGAAACAUCUUCCAGACUACUUUCCAGUGAGUUUGGUAAAAAUAGCUGAUUUGGAUCCAAACAGAAACUACCUUUUCUGCAGCCACCCUCACGGACUUCUCGGCACUGCCUCGUUCAUAAACCUUUCUCUCGGACUCGCUCCGAACAAAGCAUAUUUUCCAGGAUUCAACACCAAAUUGGCAGUGAAAGAUUUAAACGUAUUCUAUCCCUUUCUGAGGGAUAUCGCUUUAGAGUGUGGUGUUAUAUCUGCAUCCAAGCAGAGCCUUGAAUACCUCCUUAACGAUAAACAAAAAGGAAAUAUUGUAACCUUAAUCAUCGGAGGAGCUGAAGAAGUUAUUCAUUCAAUGCCGGGUCACUAUAGAAUCAUAUUGAACAAGAGGAAAGGAUUUGUGAAAUUAGCACUAACAUUAGGGUGCUGUUUAGUGCCUGUAUUUAAUUUUGGUGAAAAUGAUAUUUAUGAGCUGUUGAUACCCAAGUCAGGAACCCUAUUACACAGACUUCAACAGUGGCUGAAGAGAAAUACUGGAUUUCUAUUUGUCUUGCCAAAGGGUGUAUUGGGCCUUCCAUUCUUACCCAAAAGGAAACCAUUGACAACUGUCGUUGGAACACCGAUAGAAAUACCCAAAAUUGAAGAGCCAACACGAGAGGAGAUUGAUCAAUAUCAUAAAUUGUACACAGAAGAACUGGUGAAGCUGUUUCAUGAGCACAAGCAUAAAUACGUCAAAGAUCCUGAAAACACACAUCUCGAAAUAGUUGGCUGACAGAAAUAUUAUCACUUAACUACUAAGAAGUACUAAAACUACCUUGAAAUCGAACAGUUAUAUAUAUUUUCUUCUUUUGAAGAAGAAGCUUUUAUAUAAUUUUAGAAGAACCCACAUAAAAUCAGAAGUAGAGAUUUGAUGUAAAUAUAUUCAUAUAAGUAUAGUUCGAAAAAUAACUUCUUUUUUUUUUAAUGGAGGUACUGCUUUAAAGAUAGAAAUUAUUGAUAUAAAAAAAAUGAAAAAAAUAAAUCCAAUCUAUUGAUACAUUCCAAUCGUGCUGGUACGUUAAAGUCAGCCGAAAUAUACAACAUAUACCAAUUGCCACUGUACACGAAUGGACCAGCACAAAUUGUUAUGUAUUAGGACCACAAAAAGUACUGUUAAAAAUAUUAACAUUUUUUUUAGAAUCUCAAAUAAAAACAAUUUUUCCUUUGAAAUACCUAAUGGGUUUUUUAAAUAAUUUGUUUGAAAGUAUUUUAGCUUAUAUAGGCAAAAAAAUAAAAAUAAAAAUGUAAAUAGUUUUAUUCAUUAACUGUGAACUAUCUUUUCUUCAGAUGAUUAUUGCAUCUACUUUGAAGCCGAUAUACGACUUAAAAACGUUGAUGAAAUCCUAUAUUAUUUUAAUAUGAUUUCUUGUUGUUCUAAUACAUAUAAAUUUCAGCUAUUAUAUUCGGAUAGUGACAAUUGAAGAGUAUUAAAAAUUAUGUUAAAAAUGUGAUAUGUAAUGUAAUGAUACUGUAAAAUAUUCAAAGUACAUUUGCAAUGGGAAUAUAUAAAUCGAAUUAUUUCGCUCCCCUUUUUUUUUAUCAAUAAUUAGCAUAUUUUGGAAUGUAAAUGAGAUGCGCUAACAUAAGUGUCUGUGAAUAUUAGUCUGUACGAACUAAUGUAUAAGGUUUAACUGAAUUUAUAAAUGUAUCUACUUAUUCA